AGUUUGUUUUGGCGUCAGGCGCGCGCAGUAAUGACGCCACGACGCUGACGCGAGAGGAUGGCGGCGGCGUCCGUGGCCUGGGCCGGGAGACGGUGGGCUGAGCCGCCGAGACUCCGAAGAGCUCGCCGCCCGCGCGAGGUGUAGACGGGGCACUGCCUGCAGAGCAGGUCCUGCCAGCCUCGCUGGAGAGGAUGCCCCCGUGUCCGUGAUGGGCUGUGGGACAAGCAAGGUCCUUCCUGAGCCACCCAAGGAUAUCCAGUUGGAUCUGGUCAAGAAAGUGGAGCCCUUCAGCGGCGCUAAGAAUGAUGUAUACAAGCACUUCAUCACAGAGGUGGACAGUGUUGGCCCUCUCAAAGCUGGGUUCCCAGCUACCAGUCAAUAUGCACCUCCCUACCCUGGUGUUCCCACUGCUGGCCACACAGAGCCUCCCUCAGAACCACCACGCAGGGCCAGAGUGGCCAAGUACAGGGCCAAGUUUGACCCACGUGUAACAGCUAAGUAUGAUAUCAAGGCCCUGAUUGGCCGAGGCAGCUUUAGUCGCGUGGUACGCGUGGAGCACCGGACAACCCGACAGCCAUAUGCUAUCAAGAUGAUCGAGACCAAGUACCGAGAAGGGCGGGAAGUGUGUGAAUCUGAGCUCCGAGUGCUGCGCCGCGUGCGCCAUGCCAACAUCAUUCAGCUGGUGGAAGUGUUUGAGACACAGGAGCGUGUGUAUAUGGUGAUGGAGCUGGCCACUGGUGGUGAGCUCUUUGAUCGGAUUAUUGCCAAAGGUUCUUUCACUGAGCGGGAUGCCACAAGAGUGCUGCAAAUGGUACUGGAUGGUGUCCGGUAUCUGCAUGCCCUGGGCAUCACACACCGAGACCUCAAGCCCGAGAAUCUCCUCUACUACCACCCAGGCACUGACUCCAAGAUCAUCAUCACUGACUUUGGUUUGGCCAGUGCCCGAAAGAAAGGUGAUGAUUGCCUGAUGAAGACCACCUGUGGCACACCUGAAUACAUUGCUCCUGAAGUCCUGGUUCGAAAACCCUACACCAAUUCGGUGGAUAUGUGGGCACUGGGUGUCAUUGCCUACAUCCUACUCAGUGGCACCAUGCCCUUUGAGGAUGACAACCGCACUCGGCUGUACCGGCAGAUCCUCAGGGGCAAAUACAGUUAUUUGGGGGAGCCCUGGCCUAGUGUAUCUAAUCUGGCCAAGGACUUCAUUGACCGCCUGCUGACAGUGGACCCUGGAGCCCGGAUGACUGCACUGCAGGCCCUGAGACACCCAUGGGUGGUAAGCAUGGCAGCCUCUUCUUCCAUGAAGAAUCUGCACCGAUCCAUCUCCCAGAAUCUCCUCAAGCGUGCUUCCUCUCGUUGCCAAAGUACCAAAUCUUCACAGUCCACACGUUCCAGCCGCUCUACGCGCUCCAACAAGUCACGCCGUGUUCGGGAGCGGGAAUUGCGGGAGCUCAACCUACGCUAUCAGCAGCAGUAUAAUGGUUGAGCCACCAGCUAUGACAUGGACACACUGUUAUCUCAUCCUGGCCACUCUCUGCUUUGUCACCUGGGCCUAAUAUCUUCUCUGUAUGUUGGCAUCAUGGCCAGAGCAUGUCUGGACCCACCUCUUCUCUGUGCCGUUACUAGUCCCUACCUCCUAUCAUGGGCCCGGGCCUGUUAUGAUGGCAUGGUGGCCCAGGAUCGUCUAAACUGGGAGCCUGGUAGGCAGCUGCUCUUGAGUUAGAAGAAAGGGCAGGACCCAGUCCCCAUUGAUGUCCUUAAUGUUUGCCUCUUUCUUGGAUCAGAGGGGUCUGUAGUGUUGAGUAGAAAGGGUCCUAUGAGCCGGGCGUUGGUGGCGCACGCCUUUAAUCCCAGCACUCGGGAGGCAGAGGCAGGCGGAUCCCUGUGAGUUCGAGACCAGCGACCAGCCUGGACUACCAAGUGAGUUCCAGGACAGCCUCCAAAGCCACAGAGAAACCCUGUCUCGAAAAACCAAAAAAAAAAAAAAAAAAAAAAGAAGAAGAAGAAGAAAGGGUCCUAUGGCUCAGGACUCUCUGAAUCCAUUACUUUUAUAGCCUCCCUUUCCUCCACAGAGCAUUGGUCUAGCUCCCAUCCUAUGUCAUGCUGACCCUUAAGAUUAUGCUCCAGUGGGAGGUCCUACUUUAGAUUGCAAGCCCCAGGUGUCUGGUUGGUCCCUUAGGCCCAGUCAGAUCCAAGCAACCCCACCAUUUUCCCUAGCCAAGAGCAGUCUUUCUUCAUGGUGCCAUCAGGGACCCCUUCUAGCCCCCAGACUUGCCAGGACCCCUGGUGGUCGGACUGUGGCAGGACUUAGACUCAGUCUGUCUAUGAGAGAGAUCUGCCUGUCGCCAUCUGUGCCUUUGCAGAGCCCAGUAUUGUCUCCCUCUCCUACUUGGAUGUCCAUUUCAUUCCCCAGCUGCCUCCUUUCCAACCGUGAGAGGUUAAAGGGAGAUCCGCUGCUGCUACCUGGGGGAUGGAUGUUCCUGAAGAGGGUUCUCCUGAGAAUUCCAUUUGUCAACCCUCGUUCUAUCCUUUGGUAUUGUCCUUUGCUGGUUCCUUUUCUAAAGCUACCAUGCCCUCUUUAUAGCUCCACGACGGCACCAUCUAGUGUCUGGUCUGGGUAUAGGUGGCCGGGGGAGGGGUGGUGACUGGUGUACACCCUUGCAAACCACAGCCCUCCAAAAGGAGGAGGAAAGAAAGGAGUUGCUGAACUGGGGGAGAGUCCUGGGCUGCUCAACUCCCCUUCUGCUCAGCUUCUUCAAACCUCACCCUGGAACUUAGCCGUACUGUGUUACCUGCCUCUGAACCCCGGGUGCCUUGGGUGCUGGCCCUGCCCUGUCUGCCCUGUGCCCUUCUUUUCAUAGCAUUAACUUUCCAGGUUAACCCCACUGAGUCAGGCUGGAGGGAGCUCUUCUGGGAGGUAGGGUAGGGUUUCAGGGGCUGCUCUCCCAGAGAACUGAGCCACAGCAGUUCCUAUAGUUGUCAUGGUCUCCCUACCACCACCACAUUAGGCUGGAAUCCAAGCCCCCUCCCUCUGUAGCUGCUCUCAGUGGUGGGGGGGGAAGGGGCCAGACAGAGCCUUGCUUGGGCCUUAGCUAGACUAAGAGCCUCUGUCAGCAAGAGGUCUUGAUUUCCACUCAGCUCCUCUCAGUAGGCAGCCUUGGGCUAGGCCCUCUUUCUACAUAUGCCACCUCCAUUGGGAAACCAAAGAGACCACUCUGUGCCAAGUCAGCUGUGCCUUCUAGACCCUCUCCUUACAUCCUCCUGCCCCUGGAUAGGAGGCAGUGGAGGACCUGAGCCUCACAGCCUCGGAAUCCUUCCCCCCCACUAGUUCCCCAGGAAUCUCUGGGGGUGUGAACCACUGGGGAUUUCUUUUCUUUCUUGCCCAAAAUAUGUCUGGUUGUGAGGAUAGGGCAGAGGGAGUUUGUGCCUUGGGCCUUUGAUAGGUCCACCAGGCCUUCAUGCCAUGGACCAUGGAUGGAGAAUGUGCAGUUAUUUAUUUUGUGUACUCUGUAAAUGUAUCUUCUGUAUCCAAUAAACAGGCGCCCUCCCCCAGGAAGGCUGCCAUUUUUUUCUGGCUA